AUGGCUCCAAGGGGAGGUCCUUCUUUGACCUCUCAAGCCAGAGCUGCUGAACUGAAUGCUGCAGCUGCAGCCAGAGCUCGCAUGAUGAAUAGCAGUUUCUCAGACCCAAGACCUAGGAACUCCCAGGCACAAUACUCCUACGGCGACUGGUCUUCAUCUCAAACAGUCAAUAUCGAGCCUGCCACUGUCGAAGGCUUCAGGCGACCAAAUCGUCCUGUUGAUCGUUAUUAUCCACCUGCUGUUACUCCUCAUACUGUUCCUCUGUAUGCUUACCAGCAACCACAGUACGUUGACCCUGGCGUCGUACAUCCUAUGUACGCUUCUGCACCUUAUCCUGGUGCAGCAGAGUACUAUCAACCAAUGUACCAGCCAAUGCAAAGCUAUCAGCAAAUGUAUCCGAGUUACGUGAACGACUAUCAGUCUCCUGUUCCGCCUCGAGGUCGUUUCCCUACCACACGUCAAACUCCUUCGCGUCCUGUUUCCCGUCCUGUGUCGCGUCCUGUUGCAACACCAACGAAACCCAACCCUUCUGAGAGCGUACAGCCUGCCACUCCACCACCUGUAAAGCCUCAAAGCCCAAGUCCAAGGAAACAACUCAGUGAAAAGCCAAGCCCAAGUAAGCUGCUGAGGAAGGUCCUUCAGAAAGAGGCUCCGAGAUUCUUCGCGCCAGAUGAUUUGAGUCCUUCCAAAAUGGAAGAGGAUAUCAUGUGCUUCAAAGCUGAAAUUGCAAAGAUCAAAGCCGAAGAAGCAAAGCUUGUGCCUCCAAGUGACGAUCAGCAACCUACAGCCAAUGCUGAGCAAGAAAAUACCUUUGAAAAAUCACAGACCAAAUCGGUUAACGGAGAUGGGAGUGGCAAUGGCCAUAACAAAGACAAACGCCCUGGAAAGGUUGACAAAAAUGGACAGUUGACUCCUCAUAUAAAGCAUUCAGGACUAGUGGAUGGCAUACGAGGGUUGAACCUAAAUGAUCAAUCAACCAUAGAGGCCCAUCCCGAAGCAAGAAGCCGUCGACCUACUUUGGAAGACUCGCCUUUGGCGCAAAAGGCACACAGAAGGUUACUGAUGCAAUCUGCUCCGUCCUUCCCACCAGGUCUUAUGCCUCCACCCGGCUUGAAUGAUGCCACUGCAGCCAAACAGCAACUGCAGAUUGGGCACAUGAACAAAGGACGUAGUACAAAUCCCCCCGGAAGCAUUCACCAACAGAAUGAUGGACUAUUACAUGGGGCUCAGAUGGCUGAUGAGACUAACGGUGAAGAGAGGCCAAGGGCAGCACCGAGAAGACUACAGUCGCCAUUCCAGUCCCGUCCUCGUUCGCCGGUGGAGUACUACGAACCUAUUGUCAACAGAUACGAACGGAACGUCUUUGCGUCUGAAGAAUCACGAGCGGAAGAACUCAGGAAAAUCGAAUCCGGCCAAGUGUGGCUGGAAUACUGUGAUAGGCCUAGAGUGAAGAAUUUUCCAGGCCCCUUCAGAGGAUUUCCGCGGCUCCCUGUCAUUAACGAGAAUGCUCAGCGGGAGAGGGCCACUGGCUUCCUCGUGCCUCCUCCAGGAUUCGCAGUCUCAGGUCCUACACUUGUAUCUCGUCCUGAUCCUUGGAAUCCGGGUUCUGACUCUGGCAAUCGUGCUGCUGUGUACUACGACCGAAUUCUAGAGGCCGACGAUUGGUUCCAUCAAAGCCUUCCCAAGAAGAAAGAGGAACCCACCAAUAAAUUCCAGAAGCAACUCAGCCAGGUGCAUUCCACGUUGGUCAACCACCCAGAAAAGCCAGUGGAAACACAACUAUCAAAAAACGCCAAUGAAUCUGAGCUCGUCAAACGCAUCUUGGACAACGUGACUGCAUACCUCGAUCCUGAGGAAAACGAGAAGAGGGGUUUCCAAUUCAGAGAUGUUGAACGUGAGACUGACCUGAAAAAGAAGCGUGGCAAAGGAGCUUCUCGUCGUAGACGGGUUUGUGGUGGUGAGUACGAGAAGGAAGAAGGACUCGCUCCGGGCAGUGAAAUCAUUAAUAAAGAUGUCUUCGGCAGUGUGUUUUUCGAAGGUGAUGGCAUUUGA